AGCAGAGAGAAGUUGCAGGGACAAAGUGCACAUGUUGGAUUGAGCAGGGGUGUUGCUGCUGCUACUGCUGUGAGUUGCCUGUAUUCCUGCACUAUAAACUACUGCCCAUGAACAGCAUGAGAAAGCCUAUCAGGGCACAGUCUCUUCAUGUUUUUCUAAUUAGUACCCAGCUCCUUCUGCAGUGAAGCAAUAUUUCCUAGGAGCUGAUGCUAUCUUGGUGCUUGGAAGAGGAGAUACUUGAUGACACUCUUUUUUUUUUCUUUCGUCAUUAAAAAGGAACUUUGCCAAGAAUACUGACUUCCAGGAUAUGAUCAAACGUUGUGUCUUCUGCUCUGCUAACAAAGUAUAAAUAGUGGGAAGCUCGCAGCCAACCUGAUCAGAAGCAGCAGCUGACAUCCUGAUCCUGGACACUGCUCCCUCUAUAAACCCAGUCCAUUACCUGUGCCAGUAGAACUGCAGCUCACACAGGGGCAUCUGCCAAGCAUUUGUGAAGCGGAAUCCCCGAAGAAGAUUGACUCUGCCACAUCUGUGUUAUAGAAACAGCAAACCAUUUUCACUAUGAGUUCAGCCAUGCACUGCAUUCUGUCUCUUGGGCUCUUCUUUCUUCUGAAGGAACAGUGUGACUGCAUCUUUGCACCAAAUUCGACUUUUUUGGAAAAUCUACUUAGUAAAUAUAAGGAUGCAACCCCGCAUUCUAGAACUAGAAGAGCCAUUUCAAGGACAGACAAAGAAGACAUAAUACAGCUCCAUAACAAGCUUCGAGGCCAGGUCCAUCCUUCUGCUUCUAAUAUGGAGUACAUGACUUGGGAUGAUGAUCUGGAGAAAUCUGCUGAGGCCUGGGCACAGGAGUGUAUCUGGGAGCAUGGUCCUACUGCCUUGCUCAUGUCGAUUGGACAAAACCUUGCAGUACAUUGGGGCAGAUACCGAUCACCUGCAUAUCAUGUCCAGUCCUGGUAUGAUGAAGUCAAGGACUAUACAUACCCCUACCCUCAUGAAUGUAAACCCUAUUGCCCUGAACGCUGCUCUGGACCUAUGUGCACUCACUAUACACAGAUUGUGUGGGCCACAACCACUAAAGUUGGCUGUGCUGUGAAUGUAUGCAAACGGAUGAAUGUCUGGGGAGAUAUUUGGGAGAACGCUGUAUACCUUGUCUGCAACUACUCUCCAAAGGGUAACUGGAUCGGUGAAGCUCCUUACAAGAAUGGGAGGCCAUGCUCAGAAUGUCCACCUAGCUAUGGUGGCAACUGCCAGAACAAUCUCUGUUACAAAGGUGAUAAACAUUAUGGAAGAGUGGAAACAGAUGAGACUAAUGAAGUUCCUGAAGAAAAACACGUUUGGGUGGAUAAAAACAUCAACAAACCCAAAGCACUGCCAAAAACCACACACACGUCCACAGAAAACCUAAUGACUCAAGUCAUCAAAUGUGAAACGAAAAUGAGGGACAGCUGCAAAGGAUCCACCUGUAACAGAUAUAGGUGUCCUCCUGGUUGUAUAAACAAUAAAGCUAAAGUCUUUGGGACCCUUUUUUAUGACAGUAUGUCAAGCAUAUGCCGGGCAGCCAUUCAUUAUGGGGUAAUUGAUAACACUGGAGGCCUGGUGGAUAUAACAAGAAAAGGAAGGCUUCAGUUCUUUGUGAAGUCCACUAGAAAUGGUGUGGAGUCAAUAAGUAAAUUCAAGCCAGCAAAUUCAUUCAUGGUUUCAAAAGUUUCAGUUCAGACCAUUGACUGUUACACAACGGUGGCAGAAACGUGUCAGUUUGUAAAGCCAGCGAAACAUUGUCCAAGAUUUAACUGUCCAGCGCACUGUAAGAAUGAACCUUCAUAUUGGGCACCAGUAAUUGGCACAAAUAUUUAUGCAGAUAGCUCCAGUAUCUGUAAAACAGCUGUGCAUGCCGGAGUGAUCAAAGAUGAAGAAGGAGGAUACGUUGAUGUCAUGCCAGUGGAAAAGAAAAAACAUUAUUUUGGCACAAGCAAAAAUGGGAUCCAAUCAGACAGCAUCCAGAAUCACAAGGAAGGUCAAGCUUUUCGGAUCUUUGCUGUAAAGCAGUAACAAAUGGGAUCAAAUGAGAUCAGACGAACAAUAUAAACUCUCAGAAGAGUAAAAAGAAAACCAUGAGUGAUACUUGGCUGAUAGAAUUCAGGCUCCCCAUGGAACAGAGAACUACCAGCAACACCUCUUCACCAUGGAUUCUUAUGUCCACUAGUUAAACUUAUAAAGCCAUAAAUUGUUCCGACUUAUUUUUCCUUUCGCCAGAAAAAAAACCCUAGAGUGAUUUAUGCCCUCAGGCAUUCUCAAGUAAGGUGGUGUCAUUUCAUGCCAUGUUAAAUAAGAGUGGGACAAGACUGCUGGCUAGUGCAUACAGCCAGAUGCAGCCAGGAACAUUUCCUCCUCAUAAAUCAGCAGUAUUAUGUAAUAAAAUGGGUUGGUGCUCGUUCCAAAACACUUUUAAGUAAUGUGGGCAAUUAUUCUCAUACAUUUCCAGAUUGUUUUGUUGGCAAAACACUUGGAUUUUCUUUGUUAAAAGAAAUGUUGAUAUUUCUGCUGAAUUCUUUUUUUCUCUCCAAUUUUGUAUAUAAAUGACUUUUUUUAAGGUUUUGUACUUUUUUUUAUUGUUAUUAAUAUUAUUAUUAUUAUUAUUUUGAACAGUUUAAAAAUAUACAGCUGUGCUGGUUUAUCAGUAAUAUCUAUAUUUUAAUAUUUAGGGGUUCAGUUUUGACUUACCAUUGUUAUAUAUUUUUGUACAUUGGAAUUUGUUCAGGGUACAGUAGUUCUUGGGGGGGGUAUGCAACAUUCUUGUAUACCCGAUAAAUGUAAAUAAUUACUUUGCACAAUAAACAGGACACAUUUCCAGAGUGACCAUCGGUCUUUAAAUACAUUAAACAUAUAUUGACUUGUAAAAAGCAUGAAUGCUUUAAUUUAUCAGCAACUUUUGCAUCAGGAUACCCGUUCAGUAUAUGCCAUGUGUACAAAAGGCAUUCGCUGACACCUGCAUGUAGACAAUAAGAAUGUUAACCAGAUAUUUAACUACUUUGAACAUGGCCUGAAAGUUGAACAUUAUUAUGGGAUAUGUUAUAAAUAUCACAUCCUUUGCACCAGCUCUAUAGAGCCACAGGAACCAGCAGAUAGCUUUGAAAGCAAGCUUCUGAUUGGUUGCUUAUGGCUACAAACCUGUUACAAACUUUCUGAAUUUACUAUAUUAUUAUUGUUUAUUAUGUACCGUUGUUUAGUGUUUGAUGAUAUCACUAGACUGUUAAACCCCCAGGAUGUUGUUGAAAUAUGCUUUGUAUACUGGGGUAAAACAGACUUUGAGGAGACCAACUACUUUGUAUUAAUGUAAAGCUAGGACUGUCUGGCCUAUGGCCCUUCAAAAAAGAUUUUUUUUCAGUAGCUGCUGCAAGUUGCACUUCAAGAAAAAUGAAAGGACUACAGUUUGGUAACAUAAAUAUUAAAGG